CCGGCAACUUUAUCUUCAUGUCUCAGUAGUUUUAUACAAGGUUAGGUAAAGGGAGCCUCUAGACCAAACCAAGUGUUGAGACUAGAUGAUUUCUCGUUUUGUAAAGGAGGCAUUAUACUUUUGAAACAUUUUCACCCUCUUUUUAGCGUCCAUUUUCCGUAGUCCACACUAAUGCUGCGUACGCUGCUUGUAAUUUAGAAGUAGAAUGGCAUCCUGGACUUUAAUACCUUUGGUGGCCUGCAUUGCCGUAAUUGAUUUAUCAAACGCAAGACCAAGAUCUCAGCGGCGCUCGGAGGAUUAUGGUGGUAGACACCAAUUACGAAAAGAAGAUUCACUUCAUAAAAGAAUCAACAGCGAGCAUCUAUAUAGGCACCAAUGGGAGAGGGACCAGGACCGAGCUGAUCAAAAACUCCACGAAUUCCAAAGGAAGAGGGACCAGGACGGAGCUGAUCAAAAACCCUUCGAAUUACCGUCGAUGAGAGACCAAGGUCGACCUGAUUCAAAACUCCAUGAAUUUAAAACGGUGAGAGACCAAGACAGACCUGAUCAAAAGCUUCGUGAACUUGAAGUGAUGACAGACCAUGACCGACCUGAUCAAAAACUCCAUAAAUUUGAGAUGAUGAGAGACCAAGAGCAACCUAAUCUAAAAUCUCAGGAAAUACCGUCGAUGAGAGACCAAAGUCGACCUCAUCAAAAUCUCCCUGAAUUCGAAAAAGUGAAAGAUCAAGGCCAAGCUUAUAAAGAACUGUAUCAGUUGGAUCAAGAGUGGGACUGGCUUAACAGGCAGAAAAAUGAUUACAUUCAGGCAGCAUCUUUGGCUUCAAAGGAUAAUCCCGUUAGUUCUUUGCCAGAUGACCCUACUAAAGAAGAACAAGGAGAAGAAGAAGAAACGGCAGCAAUUCCAGCAGAAGUAAACGAUGAAGAGGAAGACGAAGAGGAAGAAGAAGAUGAGGAACAAGGAGAAGAGGCGGAAGUAGGAGAAGAACACAAAGAAAGCAAAAGAGUGUUGGGAAAAUUGCUCGAAAAUAUAUUGAAAGAAGCAUUAAAUAUGGCCAUUAGGAUACAUUCUAAAGCACUAUUCCCUACUUCUACAGCAGCCAAAAGAAGAAAAGGCGAAAGGUUGAUUAUCAAGAUCAAAAAAGAAAGCAAAACGUUUAUAGUCAAAGGAAUAUUGAUAAUAGAACUCAAAGAAGGGCAACAAGAAGAGGAAGAGGAAGAAGGAGAAGAAGAAGCGUCAGCUGAAGAAGAAGCACCAACUGAAGAAGUAGAAGGGUCAGCUGAAGAAGAAGCACCAACUGAAGAAGUAGAAGGGUCAGCAGAAGAAGAAGCACCAACUGAAGAAGUAGAAGGAUCAGCUGAAGGAGAAGCACCAACUGAAGUAGUAGAAGGAUCAGCUGAAGAAGAAGCACCAACUGAAGUAGUUGAAGGAUCAGCUGAAGAAGAAGAAGAGGCAUCAGCUGAGGAAAACGAAGAAGCAUCAGCUGAAGAAGAAGCAUCAACUGAAGAAGUAGAAGGUUCAGCUAAAGAAGAAGAAGAAGAAUCCAAUUAUGUAUGGAAUAUUCUUUACCUUAAGUUGUCAAAGGAUGGUUGUCCAGUGGCAAAAUCAACCCUCGCAGAGAUGUAG